UAUCUCCUCCUUGUUUAUCCAUGGUUCCAAUUUUGUGUUUGAUUCCUUUGAUUUGAUUUAAACUUGAAGAUGGUUUGAUUAUUUGUUUUUUUUUUUGUCGAUUCUGAUGGAUCUGUGAUUUCAGUUAUUUGUUUGUUUGUCAAUUAUUCACUUUUUGAAGAUACCAAAUUUUGUGUGAUUAGGUUAAUUUCUUGUGAGAAUUUGGUGGUGUUGUACCUGUUCAGAUCUAUAUAAACUUUUGUCUAUCCAUGAAUUAUUUUAGAUGUCAGUGUGUGGUUAGGUUCAACUUUUUUUUUGCUGUGGUAUGUUUUGUUUCUAGUUUUUUUUGUUUGUAGAUGGUGAACAAAUUUUGAUCUGAUGGAUAAUGAUUUGUGAAUUUGGAUGUAGAUUUUUGUGUCUUUCCCUCUCCAAUGCUAUAACUUCUAUCAGUUUCACUCAGAACAAAUGAUUAUUUCUCAAGAAUAGAUAAAUUGAUGCACUUUGAAAGUACCCUAAUUGUUUGGAUUUAGAUAUUUCCCUUUAGGUAUUAAGAACGUAUAGAAUAUGACUCAAAACAUGUUAGCGUAGAAGGAUAGUGGCAGGGUUUCAUCUGUCUGUUAUGGUACAUGGAUAUGUGUAGGCUCAGGUAGGAAUGUUUUGUGGGCAAGAGAUUGGAAAUAUAUCAAGCUUUGCAUCCUCCGGAGCUCCUACAGACAAUAGUAGCUCUUCUAUUUGUGUUAAGGCUGUGGCUCGAAAUGGUUCGCCCCCAUGGCGAGAAGAUGACAAGGAUGGACAUUACAUGUUUGAACUGGGAGAUGACUUAACCCCACGCUAUAAAAUCUAUAGCAAAAUGGGAGAAGGUACCUUUGGUCAAGUGCUAGAAUGUUGGGACAGGGAGAGGAAGGAAAUGGUGGCUGUCAAGAUUGUCCGUGGUGUGAAGAAAUACCGCGAGGCUGCUAUGAUUGAAAUUGAAAUGCUUCAACAGCUUGGUAAACAUGACAAAGGUGGUAAUCGUUGUGUACAAAUUCGGAACUGGUUUGACUAUCGUAACCAUAUCUGUAUUGUAUUUGAGAAGCUUGGAUCAAGUUUAUACGAUUUUCUUCGGAAAAACAACUAUCGCUCCUUUCCCAUUGAUCUUGUCCGUGAGAUUGGCUGGCAACUCUUGGAAUGUGUAGCAUUUAUGCAUGACUUGCGCAUGAUUCAUACCGACCUUAAACCAGAAAAUAUUCUGUUAGUCUCCUCGGACUAUGUGAAAAUUCCUGAGUACAAGGGCUCCCGAUUACAAAGGGAUCUGUGCUAUAAAAGAGUGCCUAAAUCAAGUGCAAUAAAGGUGAUUGAUUUUGGUAGCACAACUUAUGAGCGUCAGGACCAAACCUACAUUGUAUCUACCAGACAUUAUAGGGCACAAGAAGUGAUUUUAGGUCUUGGCUGGAGUUAUCCAUGUGAUGUUUGGAGUAUUGGAUGUAUCAUAGUGGAACUGUGCACGGGAGAAGCAUUGUUUCAAACACAUGAAAAUCUGGAGCAUCUAGCGAUGAUGGAGCGUGUUCUUGGGUCGUUCCCUCAACAAAUGUUGAAGAAAGUGGAUCGGCACUCAGAGAAAUAUGUGAGAAGAGGUCGUUUGGAUUGGCCUGAUGGAGCCACCUCAAGAGACAGCUUGAAAGCAGUAUUGAAGCUUCCUCGGCUUCAGAAUCUGAUAAUGCAACAUGUAGACCACUCGGCGGGAGAAUUGAUAAAUAUGUUGCAAGGACUUCUUCGAUUUGAUCCAUCAGAGAGACUAACCGCUCGUGAAGCCUUGAGACAUCCUUUUUUCACUAGGAGGAGAUGACAGGCUCUUGAGGAGUGUAAAUAGAGUAAGAUAUGUAUGAUUGUAGUAAAAGCCUUUACAAAAGGUCUUACCUCAACAACCCCA